AUGCAGCUAAAGACCAAUACGAAUGGCAGUCAAGGCGUCAAGGAGAAGAAAAACAAGAGUAGGCCUAAAACAAAAAAAAAACAGGCUGUAGCAUGCAUUCCAGGAGAGUGCUUUACAGUUCCUAAGAUCUGCUAUUCUGUAAAACGCCCAUGGCACUUUUAUACAGAGUGUAGAGAAGUUGCUACCUACCAUAAUGGAUGCUUAUUGUUAGGAACUCAUUUUGAUCUGCCAACGAUUCCGAGACUCAGCCGUGAUAUAUCGCAAUUGUGCGAUCUAAAUUCAAUUGAGUACAAGAGAAAGUUUUUGGGCGCAAACUUGUACAGCGAUUAUGAAAACCAUAAUCCACCUACAUUGCAGGAACUGGACGAUGCAACUCCCUGUUUCCAGUACUACAAUAAGCUUCGAUCCACUUCGUCAUUUUCGUUGUCGCACUUGUCCGAUGAGGUACAAACCAUUUUAUCACCGAGGCAUCAUAUCGUUGAAAUGGUAAUGUCACUUUUUGAUGGUGAUGAAUUCUCCAUGAUAUGUACCACAUUUGGGAGUGGCAAGAUCCUUUUCUCUCUUGAUAAUACCAGGAAAAAAAUGCUUCCGGCUGGCAGUGAUAACAGGAUGAAGAAAAUGGCCUAUACAGGCAUUGCAUUAGAGAGAGCAUUGACUCAUAACGACACAAGACCUUAUUUUUCCAUAGUAGAGGGAUUCAUCAAGGAAAAAGAUGUUAACUUGAUACUUAGAUGCGAAAUGGAUGCCAUCAAUGAAUUAAAAAAUAUGUACACGGAGUUAAAAUGCUAUUCUAAACUAAACUUACAUAACAUCCAUCACAGAAGAAAAAUGCUCAAAACUUGGGUUCAGAUUUCUCUAAUUCCUCAAUCAGACCUUAUUAUAGGGCUGAGAGAUCAAGGUGGCAUACUACGUGAUUUACUGUGGUACUCAAGAGAAAAGUUAUAUGCUGAUUUGACCAACCCAAGUCUACCAAGAAACAAGCGAUAUAAAGAUUUCAAUCCGAACGUAGCUGUCGCAUGGUUUCAUCAUUGCAUACAUGCGAUCACACAAAAUCUCUUGCAUUGCACAAAUGAUAUAACUCCGUCACAAUCUUUCAAAGUGGUGUUUUAUACUAAUCACGCAAUAAAAAUCAAUCAGUUGAAUUCUGUACCUCGCUAUGCAAAGACAAUUAUCCAGAAGUAUAGUACUUCUUCUAUAUAA